UAUAAGCGGCGGCUGUGGAAUCCCCGAGGCGGAAGUGUAGCGCUCGCCGGUGCUGAUCGCAGCUCGCAGUACCCGCCGUGUGCCGCAGACAUGAAGGUGACCUCCAUAGACAGCGGCCGCCUGCGCCGGCUCCUCAGGAAGGACUGUGCCCGCUGCCUGCUGCUGGAUUGUCGCCCCUACUUGCCCUUCAGCGCCUCCAGCGUGUGCGGCUCCAUCAACGUGCUGCUCAACUCCGUGCUGCUGCGCCGGGCGCAGGGGGGAGCCGCGCCGCUGCACUUCGUGGUGCCGGAGGAGGGGGCCCGCUGCCGGCUCAGGGACGGACAGGUGUCCGUGGUGGUGGUGCUGGACGAGCGGAGCCAGAGGUGGCAGAAGCUGAAGAAGGAGAGCCCGGCCCAGGUGGUGCUGAACACGCUGAGCAGCCUGCCCGGGGGUCCCAGAGUCUGCUUCCUCCGGGGGGGAUACGAGUCCUUUCACGCAGAAUAUCCGGAAUGCUGCGUCGAUCAGAAAACGCUGUCUCAGGAAGAAACCGAAAACGAUCAGAAUCUCCUUAUUAGAGACAGACUGUCAUCCUUCCACAAGCCAUCGUACGAUCAGGGCAGUCCUGUUGAGAUCCUUCCAUUCCUGUACCUUGGCAGUGCCUACCAUGCUUCCAAAUGUGAUUUCCUCGCCAACCUUCGUAUCAGCGCCUUACUGAACGUCUCCAGGAAGUGCUCGGACUGUGUCAAAGACCAAUACAAUUACAAGUGGAUUCCGGUGGAAGAUAGCCACAACACGGACAUCAGCAGCCACUUCCAGGAAGCCAUAGAUUUUAUCGAUACGGUGAGACGUGCCGGAGGAAGGGUCCUGGUGCACUGUGAGGCUGGCAUCUCCCGCUCGCCUACCAUAUGCAUGGCGUACCUGAUGAAGACCAAGAGUUUCCGCCUGGAGGAAGCGUUUGAGUACAUCAAGCAACGUCGCAGCCUUAUAUCACCCAACUUCAGCUUCAUGGGUCAGCUCCUUCACUACGAGUCGGAGAUCUUUGCUUCCAAAACAAGUGCCCCUGUGUUGUCCUGCAAGAGGGACUCCAUGUCGUUCUUCGCAGAAGAGAUGAACAUUGGGCAGCGCUUCGAGGGCUCUUGUUUCUCUUUCCCGACUUCGGUCUUGGCGCCUGUCCCGCUCAGGUCUCCGGUCCACCAGUUAAAACUGAGUCCGAUCACGGCCACUUCGUCCUGCUGAUACGGGGGGUCGGCUUACAAACUGUGAAUGCAAACUUUCAAUGUGCAAUACAACUGGCAUCGCACCAUUCCGCGGGCUACCGACGUGUCUGUACAAGUUACAUCCAAUGCUUUAAUGACUUUACAUGGUUCCAAAACUCGGAGUCUGCUGUUUACAACCUCGGGAGGGGAAAUACCCAUUGUAGUCCUGUAGGUAUAGGUUCUGUGUAAUAUUGUACAAUGUUCCUUCUGCUGUAGUCGGGGUGUCUGAUGUACCCUCCCAAUAUUCCAUGAGGAUUGCCUGGACAUAGGCAACCAAUCCAGAGCCCAGGAGGGUGCUCGGUGCCGGAGCAGUGAUAACGGGUUUGAUGGCAUGUGACACUAGUAUGAUAUGUUACACGUAUGGUGACUGGUAGUUCAGCUUCAUAUACUGUGAGCCAGUAUAGAGGUGUUAUGUGCUAGGUGCUGUGAUAAGUAGGUGGAGGGCCGUGCCCCUCACAGCCUUGCCUUUGGGGGGUAGUGAUGUAUUUCCUGUAGGGCCCGAUACAGCAAGCUGUAUAACUAUCUCACACUGGAGAAUAGAGCCUUCUCUGCUGUGCCUAGGUGCACCAAGGCUUUAUUAGCAUAAAGCUUUCAUCUAUUAUCAGCUGCAAUACAAAACGGAGAGAACAAUACAGCAGGGGAUUAAGUCAGACUGCCCCUGCUCGGUUAAUACUUUUAAAGGGAUAGAUGAGGGCUCCAUCUGUACGUAUAGGAAUUCCUAUAUCUGGCAAUACACGUGCGGCCUCGCGUUAAACGUACAGUCACCCACGCACCUGGAAGUGGCUGUUUAGGGGCUGAGCCUAUCUACACUGGAAACGUGCGUUUGCCACGUUACUGAGACAUUUAUUAGUUCUGCAAUGUCUGUUCUGAGUAAAUGGACCGUUUGGCCUCCAGGGUCUGUAAGUAAUGAGUACAUAUAAGUCACCUAAUGGGAAAACCCAGAUUCUGUCUGAACUCAGAAUUUUGUGGCGUCUCGAAAACCAAAACGUAACAGGAAGGGGUUGCGGUAAAUGCUCCUUAGCUGUAUGGGGUCGUUAUGCUGAGACUUGAUGCACCUACAAAUGUACUGGAACAAUGCACUAUUUUUGUUGUGAUAACAAAGCAAUAUAUCUACUGAGAAGGUGUCUGUACAUUGUCUUGGCGUACUGAAGUUAUCUGUUCCGGGGCUCUGGGGGUUAACACUGGAUUGAUUACUUAACCUCUCGCCUGCUGGAGAAAAGCUUUCAGCAAGGAGGCUGUCGCUGUAUAAAUGUGGUAAAUUGUUCUUUUCCAUGUCAGAAUGUUACAGGGUACAAUGCAAUAACUUUCCUUUUGAUGUGUAUCUAUAUAAUGGAGGAUUGACCUUCACUGUGCCAAUAAAUGUUCUUUUUUUUUUAUUUAACAAA